UAUAAGUAUGACGUAUGUACCUGCAGGAGAAGGCAUGUGAGCGUGCUGUGGGCAUGCAGUCAUUCAUGGAGUCAGACCAGUGUCUGGAGGAUGUCCCAGGAGCCACCAUCACCCAGGAGAUGUGCCUCCAGACUCACGAGCAGAUAGCCCGACGUGUCAAGACCCUGGCCGACAGUACUGACAUCCACCACGUGUUUAUAGCCAGUGAUGUGGACCCCAGACUCUCCUACAUCAAGAAGAAACUGGGACCUAGUAUGAAUGUGCACUAUCUUAACCCAUCAGAUGCACCCCUUGACCUAGCAGUUAUGGGCAGAGCAGACUACUUCAUUGGCAACUGUGUCUCGUCGUUCACAGCCUUUGUAAAGAGAGAGAGAGACAUCCACCAUCGUCCGACAGAGUUCUUUGGAUUUGAAGACGCAGUCCUUCCUAAGAAGAACCGGGAAAGAACCGAGCUAUAGAGCUAUAUAGGGUUCAGUCUUU